AUGGGCAACAAUUGCAGAAAUUUACCUGAACGUGAUAAAAGAGUACCAGAUAAAAUUGAGACCAGAGAAAGCUUGGAAAAUAUUGAACUAUAGAUCCAUAAUUGUUAAGAUUAAAUUGAUUCGAUUGAUCUGUAGACCAAACAAGCUCAAGAAAAAAAAAUAUCCAAAGAUAGUGAAUUAAGCAAAGCCUUUGCCUAAGUAUUUUUGAUAUUUUAAGCACUUAUAUUCUAGGAAUAAGAUAAAAUGUAAUUGAGAAUCAUUGCCAAGGACAUCCUAGGUAUAGAAACCCAACUUGCGGAGCUAUCUAAUUAGAGAAAUAAUCUUCAUGAAACAAAAUAGUAGUUAUUAACUAAAAGAAUUAGAAUCAUAGGUGGAGAAACUACUCAUGAAGCCUAAAUCAUAGUGAAUACUAACCAUCACUAUGAUUCAAAUUAAGUGAUGUAAAGGACGGCUGCUGAGAUCUAGAAUACAAACUUGCAACAAGCAAUUGCAAGAUAGUAAGUGAGAGCUACUUAGUAAGUUGCUGAUCAGGAGGCUGAUGACUAUAUUCAAUAAUUGAGAAAUUUAAGGAAUCAAAAUAAUGGUCAAGCUUGA